CACACUUUGUUCAUUUGCUGGCUAAUCUUCUGCUACAAUGCCUGAACCGGCAAAAUCCGCUCCGGCGCCUAAGAAAGGCUCCAAGAAGGCUGUCACCAAGGCGCAGAAAAAGGACGGUAAGAAACGCAAGCGCAGCCGCAAAGAGAGCUAUUCCAUCUAUGUAUAUAAGGUCUUGAAGCAGGUGCACCCUGAUACCGGCAUCUCGUCCAAGGCCAUGGGCAUUAUGAACUCGUUCGUGAACGACAUCUUUGAGCGCAUUGCGGGCGAGGCAUCCCGCCUGGCGCACUACAACAAGCGCUCCACCAUCACCUCCCGGGAGAUCCAGACGGCCGUGCGCCUGCUGCUGCCUGGGGAGCUGGCGAAGCACGCCGUGUCCGAGGGCACCAAAGCCGUCACCAAGUACACCAGCUCCAAGUGAGGCCCUGCCGGCACGCAGCGCUCCAAAGGCUCUUUUCAGAGCCACCCACUUUAUUCUGUAAAGAGCUUUGUUCACUUGCGUUUCUGUUUAUUACAAAGUAAGUCAUGGCAAUCGUAGCUAGCUGUACGGUUCAUUUGUACUUGACGCGUGACUGG